AUGGCAGACACUCUGGAGGCAUUACAUGCUGAGGACGAGCACUUUGAUAUAGUCUUUAUUGAUGCUGAUCAAAGGAACGCUGUUAACUACUACAGCUUUGUCAUGGAUAACCACUUGCUGAGAAUGGAUGGAGUGAUCUGUGUAGAGAAUACACUCAUGAAAGGACAAGUCUACCUGGAGAACAUAUCUGAUGAAAAUGUACUAGCUGUCAGAAAAUUAAAUACAGUGAUUAAUUCAGAUCCUCGUGUUGAGCAGAUAAUUUUACCUGUGCAGAGUGGACUGAGCAUCGUUCGAAGGAGCCCUGCACCUCCAGAUGCAGUGAUUGAAUCCAAGAAAGAAGUGGUGAGGGAUGACGUCUUCUGGGGUUAUAACAGGCGCCGCAUCCUUGACCGGCUGCGUUUGGAUGGCAAGGUGGCCUAUGUCACAGGUGGAGGACAGGGAAUUGGAAGAGCCUUUGCUCAUGCGUUGGGGGAAGCCGGUGCUAAAGUAGCCAUUGUGGAUCUGGACCUUGCAAAGGCAGAAGCGGUGGUCUGUGAGCUCAGCCUCAAAGGGAUUAAAAGCAUUGCCCUCGCAGCAGAUGUAAGCAAACCCGAGGACGUGCAAAGGAUGGUGGAUACAAUCGUAGCUCGCUGGGGCACAGUUCACAUUGCAUGCAACAAUGCGGGAAUCAAUAUGAACUCUGCAAGCGAAGAUACUUCCCUAGAAGAAUGGGACAAAACUUUUAAUGUUAAUUUACGAGGAUUAUUUUUGUGCUGCCAAGCUGCAGGCCGCAUUAUGCUGAAUCAAGGAUAUGGGAAGAUAAUUAACACAGCAUCUAUGGCAAGUUUAAUAGUCCCGCACCCGCAGAAGCAGCUGGCGUACAACGCCUCGAAAGCCGGGGUCGUAAAAUUAACACAGACAUUAGGAACCGAGUGGAUUGACAGAGGAGUAAAAGUCAACUGCAUUUCCCCGGGCAUCGUCGACACGCCGCUCAUCCGCUCCAAGGACCUGCGGCCGCUGGUGCAGCGCUGGCUGGCGGACAUCCCCGCCGGGAGGCUGGCUCAGGCGACCGACCUGCAGGCUGCCGUCGUCUAUUUGGCCUCCGAAGCCUCGGACUACAUGACGGGCCAUAAUCUGGUCAUCGAGGGCGGCCAGAGCCUGUGGUGA